GCUCCCUGCCGCGCAACACUAUAUAACCAGCACCGAAACCAAUCUCAGGUCAAUCCAUCUCUCGACAGUUCAUUUCUCCGAAGAGCUACCUAGCACGAUGAGGACGGCGUCGUCGCUUCUCUCCUUCCUCGCCGUCUCAAUGUUUAUCCUGCCCCCCAUGGCGAUGGCGGACGGCUACAGCCAGCCGCAAGACUACCAGCCGCCGGCCUACAGGAAGCCCGCGGACGGCCUUGUCGCCGGAUACUACGGCAAGUCGUGCCCCGACAUGGAGGGCAUCGUCCAGAGGGCCGUCAAGAAGGCCUUCGCCGCAGACUACACCAUCGCCGCUGGCCUCAUCCGCCUCUUCUUCCAUGACUUUGCCGUCGGCGGGUGCGACGCGUCGAUCCUGAUAGACGCGCCGGGGAGCGAGAGGUAUGCCGCGGCGAGCAAGACGCUCCGGGGCUUCGAGCUGAUCGAGGCCAUCAAGACGGAGCUGGAGGCCAAGUGCCCCAAGACCGUCUCCUGCGCCGACAUCCUCACUGCCGCCACCCGCGACGCCAGCAGGGAGGUGGGAGUGGGCUACUGGACGCUCGUCUACGGCCGCAAGGACGGCCGCCAGUCCCGCAAAGAAGCCGCCGACAAGUACGUGCCCGUGGGUCGCGAGAGCGUCACAGAUCUCGUCGCCUUCUUCGAGUCCAAGGGCCUAAACGUCCGCGACCUAGUCGUCCUCUCCGGCGCGCACACCAUCGGCAAGGCCAGCUGUGCCGCCGUCAAGCCACGUCUCUGCAAGAGCAAGCCGGAGACUCUGGACGGCAAGUACGGCGACUUCCUGAGGCGCAAAUGCCGCCGCGGCGACGCGGAGCACGAGCGAGUGGAGCUGGACGGCGUCACGCCCACGGCGUUCGAUAACGGCUACUACAAGAACCUGGAGCGCAGGAUGGGACUCCUGGAGACGGACCAGAAGAUGCUCCAUGACUCCCGGACCAGGAGCUUCGUCCAGGAAAUGGCCAGAGAGCCCGAGGAGUUCAAGCGCCAGUUCGUCGAGUCCAUGCGCUGGCUCGGCAACGUGCAGGUGCUCACUGGCAGCGAGGGCGAGGUCCGAUCCAAGUGCUCCACCGUCAACUACUGAUCGAUCCACACUUCCACACUAUAUAAGUCUGCGAAACAGCAUGCGCAUCUCUGUUAAUUUGUUGGUUCAGGAGCGAAAUUUUGCUUGUCCUGGGUUUAAUACACUUGUUUUGAUUAA